AUGGGAGCACGUCGACAAGAAUUGCCAUACUUUUGCAAGCUGGCCGGUUCCAACAAGCAAGUAGCAGCUCGCGUGGUUCGGUCGCGCCUUGACGAGAGCAAGUUCUGUGAACAAGUAUGCUCGGUGUUGUUGUCAUCCGACAAUGAUAACACUGAAAACGAUGACAAGAUCAUUUUCUACGUGACGAGUGUUGUGGACUUUGUGAGCGAGUGGCGGCUCUUUUUGGGAGACGGCAAGGUGUGGGGUUGCCAAGAGUACAGCGAGUACAUGGUAGGCCGUCGACUCAGCAACCAUGAUCAUCGUGAUGGAAGAAGAAUGCUGGAAAUCAAGGACGUGAAGGGAGGCGUCCCGCAAGAUAUUGUUGACUCGGUUCUUGCAGCGUCCAGCUCAAUAGGCUUUGUAGUGGCAGACGUUGGCUUGACCUCAGAGGGAAAGUGGUGUCUUGUGGAGUGCAAUCCACCGUUCGCUUUGAGCUCAUACGGCUUGCCGGUUGAUCUGUAUGUGCAGUAUUGCGUUGCCGCUUGGAAGAGCGUCCAAGCAGCUGUCCAAACUCAGAAAGAGGGGCAUACUAAUACCAAUUUAAACGAUCCGCCUCAAAUGGCUUGCAGCAAGAAUAGCUCUUUUGAAGAAUAUGUAUUUCCAACCAUCAGGCGCCUCUCUCACCGACCCACCAAAGAGAACUGGUCGUGGUCGUCUGUCGUGGAGAAUGAGGUGGGCGUGAGCAAACACCAAACACCAAACACCAUGACGACUCGCCGCUAUUCUGCUCCCUUCCACACACGGAUAAAGAACACGAUAUCAGAUGUAGCUGAGUGCUGUUAUCGCCAAGGUCUUCGUGUGGUCAGACCCUUGCGGUAUUGGAAUUGGCUGUCUCUGCUGAGAUUCGCCCACGCUACGCUGCUCCUGCACGGUUUUGCCGUCUUUUUCUUGACCAACCGACUGCUAAAGAACGAUUCUACUCCGCCAUACAGUGGCAGCAGUACUGUAGCGGCAGCAGGAGCUGCCAGUGGCAGUAGUAUCAUGUUCUUUCGAAGAAUUCCCUGGCUCCGCCAUUUGCCUCCCCGCAACCCCCACGACGCUUCAUUACAGCUGAGUUGGUUCGCUUAUUGCGUGAUUGGUGGUGGAUUUCCUUUCUAUGCGGUGCGACAUCCCAAUCCAGCCACGGCAACUGGAUUCUUCCGGGCAUACCUUCAUCCAUCUGUCUAUUGGGGAUUUCUGGGUGUCUACAAAAUAGUCUGGAGCACCUACCAAGCCGUCCGCGUAGCAUCCUUUUUGACAGAUCCACGCUCCACUGCCAGCAAUUACAAAUGGCUGUUUCUUCCUACCAAAACCAUUCUGCCCUAUAUUCAGAGAGAACGUAUUUUACAGUUACAAAAUCUUCGUUACCAGCACCAAUGGAGUAUCAUUCAAAAAGAAUUGGAUGAUCCCAUCAAUCAACGCGAAAUCAAAGCACUACGCAUUGACAACCGAUGGGUAGCCAUGGGGCCUUUGGGGUCAGCCAUUCAGGAUAUUCUGGAUGAAGCCCGGGAACUUGUGCUGCUCAGACCCAAUCAAGUCAUUUCCUUCUUCGAACGUCUAGGAAGAUCUUUCCAUGCAUUAGAGGAAAUUUCUGUGGCCAUGACCCUCUCCUUGCCCCUAGCAGCCAUCAAUCAACUCUUAGAAUCGGCUCCUAAUCUAUCCUAUUUGCGACUGGAUGGAGUGGCAUUUUCCGUGCAUGAUCUACAACCUGAUUUGCUAGAGUUUGGAAGAUCAUUGCAUGGGCUAGUCUGGCAUUUGCAGGGUGAUGGGGACAACAAUAGCAACAACAACGGAAGGUCCUGUUUGGCACUCAAGACGUUGAAGUUGGAACACUGCCGAUUGGAAAAUGAUGAACCCGAUCCACAGCUUCGACAACGCUACAGUAUGGAUCUAUUGUUGGCACCGGCCAUUUACGCCGCCUUGAUGCCGCCCACCCGUCUGCGUUUGCAGCAUUUGACGCUUUGGGUCAAGUGCCAGAGAAUUUCAGCCUUGGAAUUGGCCGUGGCGCUUCGUGACAAUACGUCCUUGAAAUCGUUGGAUUUGUAUUUCACACGCGACAAGAGCAGUGAAGUGGAUGAGGAUGGCAAUAAUAGCGAUGUGGAAGAAGAUCCAGCAGAAUGGGUUGUCUUACCCUUGGCGCAAGUGUUGCAGCAUCGCAACACUACUCUUACCAAGCUAUCCCUGCAAUUACCCACUGGUCUGUACCGUGGUGGAUACAGCCAUCGAGCUUUGCGGAGAAUGAUGGUGCACAAUGAGACUCUUCAAGAGUUGCACGUGAUUCGAGUGGACCGACAAAAGCGCAUUCGAAUUCCCGAAGUGGACUUUUAUUUGCAUCUCAAUCAACUUGGUCGUCGAGAGUUUCGAAUCGAAUGUGCCGCCGGUGAUUGCCAUGAUUGUGGCAACGAACUCUAUCAGGCAACAUUGAAACGUUGGGUGGAAAGUUUGAUUCAGGAACGACGCAAUACUGCCGUGGUAUAUUACUUUUUGUCCCUCAAUCCAUCGUUGCUGUUACCAUCCAUUGGUAGAAGUCGCCGUGAGGGGCGACGCUAG